AUGGUGCCUACACUCUGCUCAAGGUGUAUUCACUCUCUCAGGUGCUCCUAUUUGGACUCGUUACUCCCAUAUGGACGCAGAUUUUUUGGAACUAGACAAGAGAGGCACGAAUACACCUCUCAUUUUAAAACAAUCCCCCUUUCGAGCCUAUCAAAGGAUUUUAUAACCGUACCAAUUCACCAUCAGGACUAUAGAGAGCUGCUAAAGACUAUCGUAAAAGGUGGAAAGGCGUCAAUUUCUAACAAAAACUUUUGGAAAAAAUGCGCUAAAGCAUUCUUGUACAAUAGGCAUCAUUUUACUGCAAAGGAACUGGUAAAGAUUGUCAAUGCCUUUGGAAGGGCAAAGUAUGAUGACCCGGUCCUUUUUAAUCAAAUUGCAUCCUUGUUGUUGGAAAACCAACAAAACCUCUCGAUAACCGAUAUUCCAAUUAUACUUCAUGCAUGUUCAGAAGUCGGAUAUCAUAACAAGGAGCUCUUUGGAAGAUUAUACUCUGUGCUUAGUGAAAAUGUUGAUCGUCUGGGACGACACGGAAUUGUCAUGGCCAUACAUGCCGCAAAAAGUGCAGAAUCGUUAGAUAUACUUUCUAGGCGGAUAUUAGAAAGUGUCCAAGUGUUUACCGUGGAGGUGAGUGUUAUGUGCAACUAUAAGAUGAGUUUGUAA